AUGCCACCAGAACUCACUCCUGAAUCCGACUACUCCUCACUCAGAGAAUUGAUAAAAGGCGGUUCUUUAUCCUUUUCAUGUUCCGGAUCCAUUCCUAUCACUACCGAGGCCUCCGUCAAAGAAUGUGGUCACGUCCCUACUAAGUCCCAGCCCGUCAAAAUUUUCUGGACUUCGAGGGAUUCGGUGCCGCAAAUGCUGGUUCUUCCUAUCUGCGAAGAAGAUGGCGUCGACGCUUCUGGUGCAGGAGCUUUGCAGCAGCUUAUCAGUGAUUGUACCCCUACUGCCAUUUCCAAUGGUGAAAAGCGCUUUCUUGAUCCUACUUUUUGCAAAGGCGGGACGCUGAGGCCUGCUCGCUUCGCCACUACUUUCCAUCCUGUGGAUUUUGGUAUUCUUGAUGAAAUUGAGAAACAGCUGCUUCCGUCUUUCGACGUUGGUGCUAGCAGGAACUUGAUCGCAGAUCUCUGGAAGCUGAAUGUCUACUCCAGCCCCGAUGGCUUCUUCAAGAAGCACUUCAGUAUCCCCUGCAGUGAUAAUCAAUUCGGCUUGCUCGUAGUGUGCCUGCCUUCCCGGUUCACCGGAGGGAACCUGUAUGUGCGACACAAUAAGCAGGUUCGCGAUUUGGACUGGAGCCCGGCCAGUUCCUCGACUAUCCAGUGGGCUGCCUUCUAUGAUGACUGCGAGCUUGAGAUUUUGCCUGUUACCGGGGGUGAAUGCAUCACUCUAACCUACGGUCUCUAUGCUGUAGAUGCUGGCGUGCGAUAUGUCCAUCCUAGAUCAUCCCUCACGCCAUGCAUGCAGCCACUUAAGGCGGCGGUGAUGAAUAUAUUGGGGAGCCCUGACUUGAUUAGUCAAGGUGGCAUCCUCGGGGCCUUCUGCUCCUACGCCUAUCCCGCCUCAGAGAGCAUUGCACAUGUGCUAAAAGACGGCGAUUAUCUUCUCUACUCAGCCUUCAAGUCCUGUGGCCUAGACACCUUCGCGCUGGCUAUUUCUAGUACCGGGGACUGGUAUGCUACUAUUUUGGAGCGCGCACAAUCCAAGAACAUCCCCAUUCAGAAUGAUGAGAAGAACAAGACUGCCAAAGCGGUGGCAAGUGAGGCUUGGCCAUGCAUUACUUUGCCAGGGGUGACGUGGGUGAAUGAACAGAACGAGGAUAUUCUCGCGCUCUGCAAUAACCCUCGUGACACCGGAGCUGCUUCUUCUUCUGAACACGGCAAAGACAUUCAUAGGCCAACAAAACGGAGAAAAAUUGACCAGUCGAAGACCCCAUGGUACGUGGAUGGCGCUAUUCUCGCUGUGAUUCCGCCGUGGGGGGUACGAUUGUAG